AUGGCCGACGCAGCGACGGACCUCUCGCACCUCAGCGAGUCGCAACAACUUGCGCUCCAACAGUUCACCUCCGUCACCGACCAGGACCUCUCGACCGCAUUACCCAUCCUUCAGAAAUGCCAGUGGAACGCACAGAUAGCCAUCACCCGCUUCUUCGACGGCGACGCUGAGACCGUCGACCCCGCCGCCGAAGCAGCCCGCGCACCCCCUCCCUCCGACACCCGUCGGACAGAGACACUCCUCGACAGCAUCCCCAAUCGCUCCCGACCCAGACCCAACGGCGACCAUGCCGCAGACCUCGCCCCUCGAGUGGCUGCCGUACCUGAGAGCCAGCGAGUACAACCGGUGCCCUUCCCGCUCUCCCUCGUUCUCCUCCCGUUCAACCUCACCUACACUCUCCUCCAACGCGCCUUUGGCAUAAUAGGCUACCUCUUCCCCUUCCUCCCUCGUCUCCUCGCCCGCUUCCGCCUCCCACAAGGCCCCUCUCGGGACACCCGCCGUCGACCUCUCAGUCCCCGAGAUACCGCCGCCCGCUUCAUGCGCGAGUUCGAGGAAGAAUACAGCGUCCCACACACCACCCUCCCCUUCCACGAAGAAGGCUACAGCCACGCCUUUGACGCCGCGAAACGAGACCUCAAAUAUCUCCUCGUUGUCCUCCUAUCCCCCGAACACGAUGAUAACGCCCCUUUCGUCCGGGAUACGCUCCUCUCCACUGAAUUUGUCGAGUUCAUAAACCAAUCACAAAGUAAAUCCGACAUCGUUCUCUGGGCAGGCACAGUGCAAGACGCCGAAGCAUACCAAGUCGCCUCCGCCCUCAACGUCACGCGCUUCCCUUACGUAGCGUUAAUAGCGCAUACACCGUCUGUAUCAGCGACAGCGAUGAGCAAGCUCACAACUUCCUCCGGCCCUAUCGCUGCGGGAGAUUUGAUCGCGAAGCUGCAAGCGGCGAUGCAAGAGCAUGGUCAGGAACUUGGACGGGUGAGGGCGCAGAGAAGGGAGCAGGAGGCGACGAGGAAUCUGCGGCAGGAGCAGGAGUCCGCGUAUGAGCGGUCGCUGGCGCAGGAUCGGGAGAAGGCGAGGAGAAAGAAGGAAGAAGAAGCGGAGAAGGAGAAGUUAGAGAGGGAGACAAGGGAGAGAGAAGAGAGGAAGGCGGAGAGGGCGAGGGUAUUGGCGCAGUGGAGAAGGUGGAGGGCGAGGAGGAUAGAGGCUGAGCCGCAGGCGGAGGAGAAAGAGGCUGUAAGAGUGUCACUACGCAUGAUCAAGGGCGAGAGGGUCAUAAGAAGAUUCCGUCCAGACGCCGGGUUGGAGGAACUGUACGCUUUCGUGGAGUGCUACGACCUUCUCAACGACGAGGAUCAAAUGAACAGCGAAAAGGAGCCACAGGCGCCAGAAGGCUACGAGCACGUGUACAAGUUCCGGCUCGUAUCGCCUAUGCCCCGCGAGGUGUUUGAAGUGGACAAAGGUGGCAGCAUACGGGAACGGAUCGGCAGGAGUGGGAAUCUCAUCGUCGAAAAGAAUCUCGACGAGGAUGAUAGUGACGAUGAUGAGGACGAUGAAAUGGAAGCAUAG